UUGUAUAAGUCUAGACAAAAUAAAAAAUAUUGUCGGAUGUUGCUUCAUUUUGUUAUUGAGACGGAUCCGUUGUCAUGACAGCUUGGAGGCAUUAAUAACAGAUUUGCAAAGCUCAAUGUGUGAGGUGUUGAUAUGAAUAAGAACGCACGGCAAAUUGUUCCGAUGACCGAUAUAUUUCAAGAUGGUACUAAAGCAAUUUCUGAAUGGAGACGAUCCAGAAGACUGAGUGAGACGAUGUGUUGCGGGGUGCCAAGUGACCCGAUUACCAAGAGGGGGAAAACUAUACAAGUCGUUCGUAUGAUGCUUCUGGCAGUCCUGCCUGUCAUUAUAUUGGCCUCUCAAACGUUUGUCAUUCUGCAUGAUAGAUUUAAUGAUAAAGCUAACAAAGAUAGCGUUCGUGGUAAUGUCGUGUUCUCAACAAAAACUGGCCAGAUCGUCCAUCUGUUGCAACUUGAGCGAGG